GGGCUGCGAUGGGCUCGGUUUUAGUUUUCCUUCCUUGAUUUGUAUCUUCUCAAGUUGUGGAUGUAUGGGAUCUCAACAUCGGUAAAAUUUUCCUUGAGGUAAUCAAAUUUGAAAAAAAGCAUAUCAUCAUGGCUUCAAGUAAAGAAAUAAGGAGUGCUCAGGAGGCCUACAUGAAACAUAUGAGGAUCUCAAAGGAUGAUAUCAGGAUAGUUUUAAUUGGAAAAUCUGGUUCUGGGAAAAGUGAGACUGCCAACAAUAUAUUUAGAGAGAAAAGGUUUAAAACAGAUAUGAUGGCAGAAUCAGUCACACAGUUGUGUCAAUCACAGACGACAGUAAUAUCGGGUAAAAAAGUAACAGUAGUGGAUACACCGGGUUUAUUUGAUCCAAAUGCAAAAAUAAAAGACACACAGACAGAAAUUGCAAGAUUCAUACAAAUGACAUUACCAGGACCCCAUGUGAUAUUACUUGUCACAGCAGUAGGGAGAAUAUCACAGGAAGACAAAUCAACAUUGAAGAAAUUUAAAGAUCAAUUUGGUAGCGGAAUUGAAGAUCAUAUUAUAUUUCUGUUCACCCACCGUGAAAAUUUGAAAAGAACCGAGAAGACGUUUUGUGAAUAUGUUUCUUCUACUACUAAGUCAUUUCCCAUUCUUUCAAAAUAUGGGGACAGGUGUGUGGCUUUUGAAAAUGACAGCAAUGGUGAUGGGGGAGAUUCUCAAGUUCAGGAGCUCAUGCAUGUUAUCAGUCGUGUUACAAAAGCAAACAAUGGGCAGUGUUAUACCAAUCAAAUGUAUAAGGCUAGGUUAGAUGAGAUCGAGGACGAGCGACAGAGAAAAGAACGGGAAGAAAAGGAGAGACUUGCAAGAGAACAAGCAGAAUUGAGGAAAAAAGAAAGGGAAGCAGAGGAUAAACCGUCGUAAAGCUGCAAAGAAAAAGGAGAAAAGAGAAAAGAGUAAAUUCAACAAAAGAAUGCAUGUAAUUGAAGAAGAAAAAAGAUUGGAAAUGCAAAAAAAGGCAAACUUAGAUGCAGAAGCUGAAUUGUUCAAAGAGAGACAAAGAUUAGAAAGGGAUAGACAGAAAAUGGACGACGAAAGGCAAAGAAGAAUAGAAGAAAUGCAACGACUUGAAGACGAGAAAAGACGCAGAAAACAGAAAGAAAAAGACAGAAACGAAAGCGAAAGCAUUAACCAAGGUGCAGUAUUCACAGAUAAGAGACAAUGGCAUGAAGACGGAAAACAGCUUGAGAAGCGAGUAGGAAAAAACAGGGAACAAAUGAGUCUAGCCUCCAAAAACUUGCAUGACAUGAUUGCACAGAUUGAAUAUGUCGUAGUCUGUGGAAUUGAAGUCAUGAAUUUGACAAACUACACAUUUACAUCCCCAAAGGUUACACUUGAAAGGGGUAUGACAUUGAUAUCACCAAAAGAAAUAGAACCUAUGUCUGCGGGAUUUAUGAUUACGCAUAAAUUUCCAUAUUCCGCGAACGGAACUGGUGGCGUCGUUUCAUGGCAAAUUCAGAACUUGGCUGAAUAUGGCUAUUUAAACAUAAUGUGGUCAGUACCAUUUAUGCUUGAUAAUCACCUUAGACCUAACAAAGUUAUAGUUAAAGUUGCACAUGGUCAUCUUUCAUUUCAAAACAUGUUUUCGUUUAACGCGGUAUCAGAAGGCACAUCUGACUAUAUGAACGACAAAUUCCUGAUUACUGCAUCCAUAGGAUCCAACAUGAAAGAAAUUAUUAAAGUCAACAUUGAACAGUUAGUUAUUCAUGAGCCAAAUGGAAGCAGCGACCUGCGUGAUUUAUUACGAUCUAUAUCUGAAAAUUGAAGAUAAGCUCACUUUAAUUGACAUCAUGUAGAAAGAAGCUAUGAACAUUUUUAUCUUUUACUUUAGCUCAACCUUUUGAUUGAUAUGCCAAAUCGAAUUCACUGGUAUGGCAAAUUGUUAUACUAUUUUGUUAUAAACUUAUAUCGACAAUUCGAAGGAUAUACUGCUUUGUCACUGUUCAUCCUUCCUUACGUACCAUGCAUGACAUCAUCGUUGCAUUUGUUCUGGAACUAUAAAUCAUUGCUUCCUGGACCUUGGAAGUAAGCUUCGUUUGAUUAUGUUAUACCAUGGGAAACGUUUUCACAUUCAUCGCUAAUCGACUUUCUUUCUGAAUACUUAUAAAUUCGUACACAUAACAAUAUGUUUCAAAGGAGAAGGAGUGAAAAAGACCACUUUUUGGUCCUUUUCAAUUUGAAAAGCAAAAAGUAUUUUACAUCUGCAAAAUAACACCAUUCAGAUGUUCAACGGUCAUUAAUCUGCCAUGUAUCAAUAUCAAUAUUUGUUUACUUUGUCUUAGAUUUUUGCAUAAGAGCUUCAUAGUCCUUCAAAAAUAACGCAAACCUGCAAAAAAACUACCAAAUAUAAUCUCAUUUUGAAAUGUUGUUAUUGCUAUUUUGAUUUUAGUGCUGGCUUAACCAAAAAGAAUAUUUAACAAAGAUGUUUAUGUGUGUUAAAUAGUUUUGGUUAAGAUAUUGGCUCAUAUCUCAUUUGCACAAAAACUAUGAGUAAUUGAACAUUUCAAGUAGGUUAAAUAUGCCGAAUUUCGACAUGUUUAUUGCAUUGAUGUUACAUCGGUCAACAGUGAUCCUUCUACACUUAAGUAUCUAGAUUAUAUAUAAUUUGUUCAUUUAUCAGUCAACACGAAAUUGAAAGGUUUGAAAAAUUACUGUUUUGCAAUUUAUGAAGCCAAACAAUGACAGUUAACACAUCUCCUCCGUUUUGUUUCUAUUUUACUCGGGAACUACUAUUCAUAGCUUCGUGAAAUCUUGUAUCGUGCUCAUUUGAACUUGGUAUACUGUGUUUCACAUUCAUCACUCAACUUCCUGUUUACUGAAUACUUGUAGUUGGGUUAUCAUAAGUGAGCAAUUGCUAUAAAUUGUUUAAUUUAAGUUAUGUUUUAAUCCAAAGCUAUUCUAAUUUCAGUAUUAUAUCAAGGUUAAUUGUAUAUUUUACAAUUCCUGAUAAACAUACAUGUAGAUAUAUCUGAAAAAUGCAACUACUUAUUUGACUGAAGAUCUAAGAAAACAUCGUACAACAAUGCAAUAUUAUCGUGUCAAAUUCGUUGGAAAAAUAAUUUAAUUUAGGCAUAAGAAAUGAAAUAUAUUGCUAAAAUACAAAUUUCUUCAACUAAGUUACUUUUCAUCGCCUUUGUGAGGUAUUGUAGGUUAGGUUCCAGUGUACAUUUGCUUGUUUAAUUCCAAGUUUUCAUUUGAUAAAAUUUGCAUUUAAUCAACCUAUUAAUCAAAUUUGCAGUAUCAAAGAGGUGAAAGAUACUAAGGAGACAUUAAAAACUCAUAAAUCGAAGAAAAACUGAUCAAAUGGGACAAUAGAAUAUAAAAUUUUGAAAUUAAAUUCAUGCUUGUAUAACAUUUCAUCUUAAACAUCAUACUAGCUAGUUAACAUUUUAAUCCUAUGUCAAUAUAGUUCUCGGCACAUAUGUAACUGAAAUGUAAAUAAUAACAGUGCCAAUAUCAUUGUCAUGUAAUGCAUUUCAAAAUAAAUAUAAUUGAGAUUUAAUUGAGAAAAAAAAUGAUAUUUAAUUGAAAUAUAGUUAAUUGCGUUUGACUCGAGGUCAUAAAUAUUCACAUGCGAGUGGGUGCAUUGACUCGAAGAGGUUAAUUUAAUCUAAAAUAAAUGUCAUACUGGUGGGAGGUUUACCGCAUUAUACAACCGUUUUAUUCACCACUUCAAUUUAAAGUGUCUGUACGAAGUCAAAAUACUAUUGCCAAUUGUUCUGAUGAGGUGUAUUUGUAGAGGAUUUUUAUACAAAUAUCUAAUAUACAUGAACAUUGUUUCAUAAACAUUCUCUGAUAUUUAGUACAUUCGAUCGUUCAUGCAGCUUUCCGUUAUUUUCCAAUGGGUUAAAAAACGAAAUAUCAAAUUUUAAAAAUAAAAUGAGAUAAUAGUUUCAUCUUGACAGAACUUGUGUGUCUGCUUUUUGUAAAGGUAGUUGAAACUUAUAUCAGUGGACAUGUUUGGAAAGAAGUUUGAUUUUUGGUAAUUUCAAAAGAAACGUAACGUUCUCAAAGAAUCAAACAGUAGUUAAUAAGACAAAGAACUAUUGUCAGAAAAAAAAGUCAGCUGAAUUAUUUAUUGUAUUUGGCAAUUUUGAAUAGAAAAUUAA